UUCAGGAAUAUGUAAAUUUAUACAUGUGUCCAAAAGCAAUAAUGAAGUUCCUAGUUCAGAAAAUAGAAGAAUGUUUUACUUUAAGAUUCGUAAUAUUGAAUUUCAGUGGUAUAUAUAGUUUUAAAUGUAAAGAUAAUUUUAGUUUAUAUAAAAAAUUUGGUUAUACGCAAUGUAUCGAUCGUGAAUUAGAGGCAUUAGAUUCUUCAGAAAUAUCUGAUUGCAUAAACCUAAUUUCAUCUUGUAUUUAUACUAAAUAUUUUCUGGUUGAAAAUUACAAAGAAAACGUACAAUUACUUGAAGUUUAUAACCUAGGAAAAAUGAAAUUAGAUACUAUUACAAUAAGGGUCAAAAAUAGUCAGGAUAAACUUAUAAGAAAGUAUAAUAGAAAUAAUUUCUCGAUCAGUAAGAACAAGCAACUAUUCUGCUUUACACGAGAGCUUCAAUCUGUCAAGUUAUACUUUAUGGAAAAUGGUUUGGAAGCCACAUCAAAGAAAUUUGAUAGCAUUGAAAAAAUUCACUUAUUAGAAUUCAUUGAAGAAGAUAAGAAACUAGUUGUAGUGGAUAUUGAAACAACGAUGGAAUUAAAGAAAGAUCUUGAGAAAGAUAAUCUUGAUAAUCUUGCUACUCUUGCUACUCGUCUAGCCAGAACUUCGGGAAAUAUUUUCCAAAUUGAUAAUGAUGAAAAAGUUUCAUCGGUCCUUAAAGAGGUUAAAAAAAAAGAGGAAGAAGAGAAAAAGGAAAAAUUAAAUAAGGCUAUAAGUCUAGAAAAUGAAUUACUUAAAAAAUAUGGUAAAAAAUCAAAUAGACAACCAGAUAUUAGUCACAUUGUACAUUACGAGAAAAAAGUUAAUUUCGGACCAAUAGUUACCGACAAAGAACCAUGGGUGUCAAGUGAUUACGAAAGAAAUUCUUAUUGCCUUUAUCAUAACCAAAAAGGGACAGAAGUAGAAACUUUACAACUUAUUGUUGGUAGGUCCACUGUUCAAAUUUGGCAUCAAAUCCAAGAUGGUAAUAAAAACAAAGAUAGUCUUCCUAACGAAGGAAAACCAUUUCUUGAAUAUAUAUGGAUAAAUGGUAUUCCUGUAAAUCAAGAAAGAGAAAAGACAAGAAUACGGAUUGAAGAAUUUAAAUAUAGUAGUAAAUUAAAUGAUUUUAAAUUAAACGAUUUUUGUUUGAAAGUUUAUUGGUAUGAAAAAGUUUCAAAGGACAGGAGUAAAGAUGAACUAGAUAACUCAAAAUAG